AUGUCGAAUCCAAAUAGCGUUCCGCCUACAGGGAACGCGCAUCACCAUUACAACUCCAAUUACCACAAGAACAGGAGAAACAAUGGCAGUUACAGUAGUUACAACCAGUCACAUCCACAACCUCCAUAUUAUCAGCAGCAAGGUUGGACAGGAUAUAUGACCCAGCCAUAUCAGGCGGCCGCACCUGGUUAUGCUUACAGUUACUACGCACCACCUCCGCAAGGAGUUCCAGGAGGAGCGUACUACGCGCCGCCGCCACCGGGUGCUAUUGCUAUCAGCCCUACGCUGCCGAACUCAGCGACCCACACCCCGGUGACAAAACCCGUCAACCUGAGUAUCAAAAAUAAGAACGGUGAGGCUGUUCAAUUCAAUAAAGGCCACUCCAAAACUGCAUCUUUGUCAUCUUCAUCGUCGUCCUCCACGCCCGUUCUGUCCAAAGUUAACGCCUCAUUGCCUGCUGUUCCGCCGUCAACCAGCUCAACGGCGUCUGUGCCGAUGUCACCAAGCAAACCGGAUGCUUCCCCAGCAAAGCCGGCUCAGCCAGAGGUGAAGAAGGCAAAUGAGGAAUUCAAGGCCAAGUUCCUGGAGCAACUGAGGCUCAAAAACUCUAAAGCUACUUCAGAGAAAAAGGAGGAGAAGUCGCAACCGACAAAAGAAGUCGAAAAAGAAUCCAAGCCUGAUGCAACCUCUGAAAAAAGUGAAACCCCUAAGGAACUACCUCAAGAGAUUUCCAAGGAAGCUCCAAAACCGGUCGAGAAACCUGAAAUUUCCAAGGAAGAGCCAAAGGAGCCUGCUAAGCCUACCGUGCCAACUGCAUUUGUUGAGCAACAAAAGGAGGUUACCAAGGAGAUCGAGAAGAUUGGGGAGACCAAGGAAAUUGAGGAGACUCAACCAGAAUCCAAGCAAGCUGAGAAACCCGAUGAGCUUCAGGCUGUCCCAGAAUCUCCUAUUGAGUCAAUUCAGCCUAAACCUGUUGCAGCAAGCGCCCCCUCUGUAGACGAGGGAAAAGAAGAGGCACAACCUACACCUGUGAAGGAAGAACCAAUAAAUGCUGUUUCUGAACAAACAGAAGGCCCCGAGUCUUCUCCUGUCGCAGACAGCCAAGAGGAUACCAAAGAUGAGACAGCUGAGACAUUAGAAGCUGCUUCUCCAGGUAUAGACAAGACAUUCGAUAUGACCCGCUUUUUCGCUCAAAUUUCAAAAGCUACUCCAAUCAAAGACAUCUAUGCCUUCCCCUACAAAGAGGGACAAGAGAAGCCUGAUCCUAGAUUGCAAAAUGCUCCUAAGAAUAAGUACAGUCCGCCAUUCUUACUUCAAUUCCAGCCGGUCUGUCAGUUUCCUGUUGAUGACGAAUGGGAUGCCAAAGUGAGGUCGAUCAUUGAUUUGGUUGGUGCCAAAAAAGAAUCACGCGAUCGCGGAUUCUCUAGAUCUGGAAGUCAGUUUGGAAGAGGCGGGGCAGGUUCGUCGAAUGCUAUGCCAAGAAGUGCCACCCUUAGAGGUGAAUUUGGAUCCAGAAACGGUUCGAGAGGCGGUUCUAAAAAGAAGAUGGGUCUCGGGUCUCGUGAAAAGAGUCAAAGACAAGGAUCCAAGAAGCCUAGAAGAUUGGAUGACGAUAGGGACAACAGAGACGAGGAGACCGAAGCUGCCAAGCAAGCUGCUGAGGUCAAGCCGCUGGAAAAGUCUGCUAAUAGAUGGGUUCCAAGAUCACAAAGAAACAAAGAAAAAGAGGUUCGUUACGCUCCAGAUGGUGUCACUGUGAUAUUAGAAGAAGAUGAUGUGGAUGCCAAGGUCAAAUCGCACUUAAACAAGUUGACGUUGGAUAACUUCGAUACUAUUUCCGCUGAAAUCAUCAAGAUCGCCAACCAAGCGCAAUGGGAAGAUGACGUCAAGACAUUGAAGCAAGUCAUUGAACUCACUUUCGCCAAGGCUUGUGACGAGCACUUGUGGUCUUCUGUUUACGCAAAACUGUGUUUGACGCUUUGUACAGAUAUUUCUGAAGACGUUGAGGAUAAAUCUCAGCCUCGGCCAGAACAAGUUCCAAAACGUGUCUACUCCUCUGGAUUGGUUCGGAAGUUGUUGUUGUCUAGAUGUCAAGCAGAAUACGAAAAGGGCUGGUCUGAUAAAUUGCCAACCAACGAGGACGGUACUCCAUUAGAGCCAGAGAUGAUGUCUGAUGAAUACUAUAAGUUGGCAGCGGCCAAGAGAAGAGGUUUGGGACUUGUCAGGUUCAUUGGUGAGCUGUACUACCUAAACUUGCUUUCGGAAAAGAUUAUCAUCAAGUGUCUUGUUGAUCAGCUUUCCGACUCCGACUCUCCAAGUGAGGACACUUUGGAGACUUUGACACAACUAUUGACAACAACUGGUGCCAAGCUUGACUCCAGCAAUAGAGGCCCACUGGACUUUGCAUUCGAAAAAAUUAACCACAUCAUUAAUAACUGUCAGCUGUCAUCUAGAAUCAAGUUCAAGCUUAUGGAUCUUUGUGAUUUGAGAGCAAACAGAUGGGCAGAUGCUAAGACAAAUGCUGGCCCAAAGACUAUUGCCGAAAUUCACCAAGAGGCGGAGGCUAAGCGUUUACAAGAGGAAAGAGAUGCCAUCAGAAGGCGUAAAGCUGACCCAAGAUCAGGCUCUUCGAGAUCCAACAGCUCGAGAUCCAAUUCAAAAUGGGGAAACAGCAAUCAAAUUUCCUCUAAUGACAUAUCAAAAGUUGGUGUUGUGAGAAACUCAUCGGAAAGAUCUCUCGGACCUUUCAACAAGCAGAAAAGCAAGCUGUCCUCUUCUAAACUGAGCCAGCAGCAAUUUACCACGGUGCCGUCUGCUGGUUCUGGUAACUCUUCUGGCGCCUCAAGCGGACAGAAAGGUGCGGGCACUCCUCCUGACGAGCCAAGAGAGGCAUCCAGGAAUAUCUUUGCUGCUUUGGGCGACCAUGAAGACGAAGACAGUGAUAGAGAAGCAGAAGACCACGAACCAGAACCAGAGCAUGAAGGAGCUGAUAUCUCUUCCGCACAUCACGAAGGUAUCUCUGCUGCGGCAGAUCCGGAGUCACAAGCUUGA